AUGGAAUCACAGGCAAACUAUGUAACUUCAUUGGCAUUUCGAUCUGUUAAAUUUAAUGAUGCUUCAAUUGCCGCUUUGGCUGGCUUCUAUUCAUUGGAAUCGCUCUGUCUACAGAAAUGUCGAAAUAUGACGAAAGAGCAUAGUGUUACAUUGUCUGCAGCAUCAUUCCGUCUAAAGUUUUUAUCAUUGUUAAGAAAUUCUUGGUCAAAUUCUAUUACUGCAGCACUUAUUGCUAAGGCAGGUGUAAAUUUACAACAAAUGGUGCUGGACAAUGUUUGCUCAGAAACUACACAAGCUGCAUUAAAUCAUUGUCCAAACCUUAACAUUUUAUACAUAGAGGUGUCAGUUUACAAUUACAGUCUAAUUACAUGGAUCGGCUCAACAAAAAUUCAACAACUUGAAUUAUCAUUCGGAGGAACAUUCCGGUUGUCCACUGAAGAUACAACUAAAUCACUAAAAUUUUUAGGAGAAAAUCUUCCUACCUCGCUAGUUUACUUGAAAUUGGAUGGAUUAUAUAUUUCUAAUGAGGCAUUUACCGAUUUUAUUAAUAGUUGCAGAGCUCCAUUAUCAACAUUAAUUAUUUCAAUUGAUUGUUAUCGUGAUUUCGAAGAGAGUAUACUCACAAUUCUCGAAUUUGCUUCCAAACACAAGACUUUGAAAAAAUAUGGAAAUUAUGACAAUAAUAG